UUCUACGCGUCGCGUUUCCCACACAUCUUUAGCCUUAUCCGCGAAGAAGCAAACCCACGCACAUACUUCACAUAAUUCCAAUUGAUUACCGGUAUGGCAGCUAAUAUCGCAGCUGAGCUAACACAGCACCUAAAUGCGCGACAUCUCUAUCCUACCGCAGCAUGGCUGCAAGGCUUCCUCUCCACAACCCGACCGAACACGCCAUUGCCCGCCAUCAAGCAGACCGCCCACUUCCGCCUACUAGCCACCGACAUUACCACGUCGCUCAGUCAACCUGCAGCCUCCUUGUUUCCCAAUGAUGUACUAAAAGGCACCAUCCAAUCCCGCAUCGUCUCUGGCCCGAUUGUCUGUCAAGUGCUUGACGUCGAAGACAUUGGCCACUCGCGUUGGUCCCAGGUCGAAUCCAUCGAAGCGCAAGAGCGGGGCGAGAUGACAAAAGGGAGAGAGAUUGUGCGCGUUGUAGAACAAGAGAACGAGGGGACUGCUGAGGCUGCAGCACCCAUGCAGAGCAAAGGUCCUUUCAAGCUGCUACUGCAGGAUGCUAAAGGACUCAAGAUCUAUGCCAUGGAUCUGCGAGGAAUCGAUGGGCUCAACACCAACAUGGCCAUGGGUGCCAAACUUGUACUGCGUAAUAUCGAUGUAAGAAGAGGCGUCGUUAUGCUUGAGCCGAGCAAUGUUCAGAUGCUAGGCGGAAAAUUGGAGGCACUUGACAAGGCUUGGAAAGAGGGGAGGAAAGAAAGGCUUAUGGCAGCGGCUAAGGUGACAGGAUAGGUGGCGGGGUACUAAUGUCUUACGAUUGCAGCCUGGUCUUCCAGAUCCGAACAUGAACCUACCGAUCUUUGAACAACGUCACCUUAAGGAUGUUUUGCGAU